GUGAGAAAAAGUUUAUUUCUUUUCUUUCUUAUUCAUGAAAAUAAUACUGCUUUUUCUAUUCCAUUUUACACUUGUAAAUGCUAUUAUACCUUCAUCAAGAUAUAACGGAGGCUGUACUUUAGUAAAUCAAAAGAUAUAUUGUUAUGGAGGAACGUCAGAUCAACGACCCACAUCCGACCAUUAUAUGCUUGACCUAAGUCAAGAUUUUACUCUCAACACAGCUAUAAAUAAUUGGCAAAGUAUAUCCUCUCCUGAUUUUGUUCUGGAACCAAACAGCCUAUUUUCAAUUAUAUCUCUGAAUCACAGUUAUUUGAUCCACGGUGGACUGGGCUAUGGUUCAAGUCAGCAAUACAAAAAAAAUAUUACUGUGCUUUUUGAUACAACCAAUCUCUCUUGGACUACAAUAGCAGAUAAUAAAACGCUUCCAAGCCGUGAGGGUUCAGCUACUUUAGAUACCUUGGGUCGUGCUUGGCUUUGGGGCGGGUUAAGUGACAAUACAUCAUCGCCAAAUAUAACUACAACAAUCUACCAUAAUGAAUUGACCGUAUUAAACACUCAAAACUUCACUUGGUCCUUUCCUAAUAACCAAACAAACAGCACAUCCAAAGUGCCAUCGUUUGUGCGUCCUAGAUUAGAACACACAGCUACACUAACCCAAUCAGGAAACUCAAUUUAUUUCAUUGGAGGCUUGGAAGUAACAGAAGAUGACACGAUUGUUCCUGCAGCAAUGGAUGAAAUAUUAGAGUUUGAUCUGAUCAAUUCAACCUGGAAAAUGCACAAGACAUCGAAUAAAACGGUUCCAUCACAUCGAAGACUUCAUUCUGCAACGCAAAUACCAAAUUCUGAUCUUAUACUAAUGUAUGGAGGUUCAUUUACAGAUUCCCCCAAGGUGGUGUCUGAUUAUAUUUAUCUUUUGAAUACGACUUCAUUUGAAUGGUCUAUGGUGAACAUUACCAACUCAGAUCAAGGAGCUGGACCGCGGUUUGGACAUUCAGUUGUACUAUAUAAAAAUCACUCUCUGUUCAUUAUUUUUGGUGUUGAUACAUUUGGAUUAGCCAGAAAUGAUUUCUUUUUACUAGACAUUGGCAAUUGGCAAUGGGUUACAGGAUUCAAAACAAGUGAUGAAUAUCAAGCGACUGUCGUCCCUUCCUCUAGUUCUAAAUCUGUAGAGCCUAAGCCAUCUGUAACAAGCAGCACCAUUCAACAGGGAUCUGCCACUAGUGGUGGCUCAAAGCAUGUUGGUCACAUAUACUCUAUAGUCAUCCCACUCCUUGCUUUCUUACCUUUUUUUUGAAAGCUUUGGACUAUAAUAAUAAAUUAGCAACUGCUGAUGUGGUGCUCAACCAUAACAGCUAAACUAUACAGGGGCAAUCAUUGACAAUUAUUCGAUUUGUAAUGAAUGUAUUUAUAAAAUAACUGGAAGAAAUGCUUCUAUAAUACCGAUAGUAAUCGUAUUAAAUGAAUGGUGUUGCACUUGUACCUGAAUACACUCC